GUUUCGGCCCCCCGAUCGGUCACGUCAAAAUAUGGCCGACUGUGAUGCGGCCCGAAGUGCACUAAGAGUCGAUAACAUGAAAGUGCCAAAUGGGCCCCGCGUUGUCACAAUAAAUAAAACAGAGACUGGUUUCGGGUUUAACGUCCGGGGACAAGUGAGCGAAGGGGGCCAACUGCGCAGCAUCAACGGGGAGUUGUACGCCCCCUUGCAGCAUGUCAGCGCCGUGCUGGACAGGGGGGCUGCCGAACAGGCCGGGAUUCGCAAAGGGGACCGAAUUCUCGAAGUAAAUGGGGUGAACGUAGAGGGCGCCACCCACAAGCAGGUGGUGGACUUGAUCAAAUCCGGCGGUGAUGUGCUCACCCUCACCGUCAUAUCAGUGACACAACAGGAGGCGGAGCGUUUGGAGCCGAGUGAUGAUAAUCAAGUGUACUAUGAUUACAGUGAGAAGCGUUCAUUGCCUAUUAGCAUCCCCGAUUACCAUUAUAAUGAGCGAGGGGGUGAGAGGUAUGUGGCGUUUAAUAUUUAUAUGGCAGGGAGGCAUUUGUGUUCGCGACGAUAUAGGGAGUUUUCCAAGUUGCAUGUCGACCUCAAGAAGGAGUUUAUAGGUUUCACAUUUCCGAAAUUGCCGGGCAAAUGGCCGUUUAAUUUGAGCGAGCAGCAGUUGGAUGCGCGUCGAAGGGGGUUGGAGCAGUACUUGGAGAGGGUUUGUGCGGUGCGAGUGAUAGCCGAGUCUGAUAUUAUGCAAGAGUUCCUCACUGAUCAGGAUGACGAUAAUAAUAGCAGUCCUGUUGACCUUAAAGUAUUACUCCCCGAUAGAGAAGUCGUCACAGUAUCACUAAAAAAAAGCGCCAACGCUGAUGAAGUCUACGAAGCCGUUGUGAAAAAAAUCGGCAUGAAUAAACGCGUUUCGAAAUACUUUUACUUAUUUGAAAUCGUCGAAUAUAAUUUCGAACGCAAACUCCAACCCACCGAAUACCCUCAUAACCUCUACAUCCAGAAUUACAGCACGGCGACAAGCACGUGUCUUUGUGUCCGAAAAUGGCUCUUCUCCCUAUCAAAAGAACUAACUUUAAUGACCGACACGCAAGCCACUUCCUACAUCUUCUGGCAGUCCGUCGAUGAGGUCAAUCGAGGUUAUAUCAACGCCGGCGAACGGCUAUAUCAGCUCAAAGCCCUCCAGGACAACACCCGAGCCUCGGAAUAUUUGAAAUUGGCGCGCGAAUUGCCAGGCUACGGCGAAGUGGUGUUCCCUCAUUGCGCAUGCGAUUCGCGGAAAGACGGUCAUGUGAUUGUCGCAGUGGGGAGUGGGGGGAUCAAGUUGCAUGCGUGUCGGGAGGACGGGACGUUGGAGAGUCAAGUGGUGGGGCUCCAAUGGGAUUGCAUAAGGCAGUGGGAGGUGGACGAUGAAGGCAUGGCCUUCUGUUUGAAAUACAACAGGGCGGAUAAGACGCCACGAUGGUUGAAGAUUUUCACACCUUAUCAUUUGUAUCUCAUGGAUUGCUUCGAUCGGAUUAUUGAAGAAAGCAAGUGGUUGGAUACGGGGGAAUGACUUGUUCCAGUGUUUUAAAUAUGUUGUUGAAUUGUAUUAUUUAUGCUAUUUAUGUGAUGUAUAUUUUUUUGGUUAUAAAAUCAUAAGAUCAUAACACUUGUUGAAAUUAUUGUUUUUGAGAGCACAAGUUAUUUAUUAGGAAAUUUUUUAAAAAUUCAUGUGAUAGAUUUAUUAGAGUAGAAUAUCUGUAUAUAUAGGUUUAGUAUUACAUGUGAUCACUUCUGUUGUAGUGGGACCCAAUUAUCUAUCUUUUUGCACUGCCGGUUUUUUUUUAGUCUCUCUCUAGCCUCCAAAUUCUACCCUUUUGAGUCUCAUUCUACAAUAUGUAUAUACUAAUUAUGGCGUAGCUCAAUUAAUUUAGUUCUAGUAUCCAACAAUCUAGAAUUUUUAUAUUAUUCUAGUGUUUAUCUAAUCAAAUAUUUAUUUCUGUUGAUGCGAUUCAAAAUUAUAUUGUUAAUAUAUGGCGUCUUAAGAUUUGGCUGUUACGCACUAAAUUCUAAAAUAUAUACAUAAUUAAAUCUGGUUGCUUCCU